AUUUUUUGCUUGCUAAAAAUUGUAAAUAAUUCUCAGAUUUUCUCCUUUUCUCUAUUCUCCUAUAUUCCCUUGUCUCCUAUAUUCCUCCCAAAAUCAAUCCAAAAGAAUGCCUCGAGCAUCGGGCCCGACUCGAAAAUUGUAGCCCUAUUAAUAAACAUUAAUUUUUUUUUUUAGAAGACAAAAUUUUAUUUUUAAAAUGCUCUUCAAUCUUUCAACAGAAGCAAAACUUGACGUCUUAAAAUGUCUCAAUUUUUAUCAAUUACUUUCUAUUCGACAAACAAAACGACAUUUUAAUGAUUUAUUUAUUCGAUAUGAAAAUGAAUUGACUCGCUUUCAUUGCAAAAAACUUUAUAUUUUGGACAGGAAACGUUUUGUUGAAGUUAUUGUUAGUUGUGAGGAUAUACUUAAUGGAAUUGAUCCUUGUCUGGAAAUAGAGCCUAAUUUGGGUGAUUUUAAUUUUACAUUGAGUGAUCAACUGAAAGAGAAGUGGGAAUUUUUGAUAGGAAGACAUCUUUGUUUAAACAAAAAUUUGACUGACAAUGAAAUUUAUUUUGUUAUUAAAGACAAUCCAAUGUCACAAAAAGUGCUCUUCAAAAUUCCAACCUCUCCAAAAAAUAUAGACGAUCUUUUAAUUAUUCGUUAUUGGCUAGAACGCCUUUUUAAUUGUGUCUUUGAAAAUGCCAAAUUUUUUAAAAUUUUGUUUAGUCAUCGAUUUAUUAAAUUACUCUUUCAUGACUACUCAAUUCCUCCUCAAUUCAAAAUUAAAAAUGCUUUUCUAAAAUAUUAUGAACCUAAUUUUGGAAUGAAUUUUGUUUUGCAUAAUUUGGCUGUAUGUGAAUCUUUUAAAGUUAAAUUUACUUGUGCAGCAGAAUACUAUGAAAUAACUGAUGAAAAUGAGUUGAAUCCAAUUUUAAAUAUUAUUUUGAAUGAAGGGAACAGAUUUCCAAAUAUUUGUGUUAAAUAUGCAAAAUUAGAUGAAUGGCAUGAUGUUAUAUUGAAGGCAAUCGAAACUACAGAAAAUCCUUCAAAUAUUUUGUCCAACAUUGACUUUAGAGUUCAUUGGGAUUAUUAUGAUAUGCAACCCAAAAAAAUCAGUCAACGAGCUAAGAACAUUCAACGAUUUACAACAAAAUAUAAGGGAGAACCUCACAAAGUCUUAAAAUAUGAAAUUACAAAUAUUCAUAAUUCUAAAGUGAAGUUCCUGAUAAGUUAUUGGGAUUGUAUUGACGAAGAUUAUAUUGACCGAUUCCAAGUUGAACGAAUUAAAUAA